AUGGCUGUCAACAUAUCGUCGCCGGGUGAUGAUAGCAUGGGUGAGGCCAGCACCAUGCCCGCCCUGACCCUCUCGCCCCGCUUCGACCUCACCGGGACCUACUUCCUGACGGCGGGAAUCGCCGGCGUUAGCCCCAAGCGCGCCACCACGGGUCGGUCGCGCUGA